CUCCCAUGCACCUGAUAGGGAGUAUUUACAGCUACCCUGUGCACUGUUUCCAGGAGCGCUGCGCUGCACCAUGAGGACGCUUAAGAAAUAAGGAUUUCUGACUUCACAGAGUAAACUGACGUUCACCGUUAUAUUUUCCCAGAAAAAGGUUUGCUAAAGUUGUCCUCUUGUUUUCCAAGAUGCCACGCUCUUUUCUGGUCAAGAAACACAUAAACUCCGCAAAGAAGCCAAAUUAUAGUGAGUUGGAAAGCCCACCAGUGUUCAUCACGCCGCACAUCUACAAGGGCCUUCCGUUGCCUCUCAUCCCCCACCCGGAGAUCCUGAGCCCAGCAGCGUAUAGCCCCAUUACAGUGUGGACUACCAGCAACUUGCCGCUGUCUCCGCUGCCCAGUGACCUCUCCCCAGUCUCUGGAUACCCCUCCUCGCUAUCCGACGCCUCCUCUAAAGACCACAGCGGAUCUGAAAGCCCGAGGAGUGAUGAAGACGAGCAGAUGUUGCCCAAGCUGACAGACCCUCACGGAGCGGAGGCAGAGAAAUUUCAAUGUAGUUUGUGUAGCAAGUCCUACUCCACGUACUCGGGACUGCUCAAGCAUAAACAGUUGCACUGCGACGCCCAAACGAGGAAAUCCUUCAGUUGUAAAUACUGCGAGAAGGAGUACGUAAGCCUUGGCGCUCUCAAAAUGCACAUCAGGACUCACACCUUGCCUUGUGUUUGCAAAAUAUGCGGGAAAGCCUUCUCCAGACCGUGGCUGCUCCAAGGACACAUCAGGACGCACACCGGAGAGAAGCCGUUCUCCUGCCCUCACUGCAACAGGGCUUUUGCGGACAGGUCCAAUCUCAGAGCUCACCUACAGACCCAUUCGGAUGUGAAAAAAUACCAAUGCAAGAACUGCUCCAAAACUUUCUCCAGGAUGUCUCUUCUGCACAAGCAUGAGGAAUCUGGUUGUUGUGUAGCACACUGAACUGGGAUACUUUUCUACCACCAGAAAGAAAAAAAAAACCCUUUGUUGCUUCUUCUUUGCUUUUCCAAGCCCAGGAGAACUGUCAGGGAAUCAUAUUGAUGGGGUUUGUUCCCAAAUAGCCAGACUUCUUUCUACCACCGGUCGAUUUCAUUUCAGAGAGAGAAGUACUGUAGCUCUGCGCUCACAUGCUUCUCGCUUCAAGCAGCGUUUCUGUGAUUGCAAUCAGUGUGUAGCUUUGUCAAACCAUGUACUCACCUACCUGUGCUAUUCAUGCACUUUUCUGCAUGUCUAGAAUGUUUUAUAUGCCUUCACAAUGUUAUCUUCAGUGUUUGUACCAAUGUCUCUCAGUGGCAGUCCUCCACUUUUUUUAUACAAACCACACAAAUGAUACCAAAAGGCACAUUAUGAAUGGCAGUAUAAAUAUAUCCAGAGGAAUACUGAAGCCAUUGAUACUUAGGGAACAAGUGCAAACUUUGAUUUUUAGGGGGAAACUAUUUUAACUUUUGCACAAUCAUUUAGAAACAGUUUGGUAGCACUCAAAUAGCAAUACAAUAUUUCCAAAGUGCCUCAGUUUUACUUGGCAAUAAUAAAUAUUUUUCAACUCCAGAAGCCUUUUAUAUGUUUAUAUAUUGAAUGUAAGAGUGACUGAGAUGAUUGUAUAAUAACAGUGAAAACUGUGAUGCUGAAUGAUUUUGAUAUUUUCCUAUUUUCAUGAC